AUGCCGCCACAAAAGACGCAGAAGCUGAGCCAUAUCCCCUCAACCCAGCUUCUGGAAUCGACACCGCUGAACGCCAUUACCAACAUCCCACGAGCACAUAGUCGAACCCAUCCUCCAGUCGGAUCCGGAAAGGCGAAAAUGGCGCAGGAGAAGCGACAGGUUGCCAAGACACAAGCGACACCAGGAACAGACAACACCAACCAACCAAUUCAGAGUCGCCUCACGUUCGCAACAAAGACCAAGUCGCCCACACAGCCAUUGGAAGAGGCGAACAAGGAGGAUCAGGAGACACUGAACACUCUGGAUGCAACAUUGAACGACCUUCAGCAAUCAGUGGCAAAAUUACAGUAUGAUGCUAAGGAAGCAGAAAUACAGCUCCAAAGCACCCGCCUGACAUUCCAGAAAGAGGAGGAGCUCAGCAAAAGGCGAAUCAAGGAGCACGAGGAUGAGAUUGAGGAACUCUUGGAACAAAUCGGUGAUCAGCAAGUUGAAAUUGAGAGCUACGAAGACCGCGUUUUUCAGCUGAGCGUAGAGAUCGAGAACAAGGCCGCAGAGAUUCUUGAGCUCCAAGCGCAUGCCGACGCGUAUGAGGACGAAGUCUCCAAGGAGUUGAUGCAGAAUAACCUGGAAGAUGAGGUUGUCGAGGUGAUGAGGUUGAAGGAUCUUGUCGCUGUGGGAACACCACAGCUUCAAGUCUACAUCGAAGCCAUCACUGAACUGACAACAAGCUCGAACGCCUUAACUGCCAAGGCCCUGGAGGCUCAAUUGGCACAGCAGGACAUCGACAUCGAGAAUCUGGAGAGCUCUUUGGGUGUCGAGGGCAUGGAUCUGGAGGCCGCUCUCGGACUUUCGAUCGAAGAAGAGUUUAUCGCGUUGAGGAACCGGUUCAACUUGACCAAGGGCAGCGACAUUGAAAAGGAGGUUGUGAAGUACCAGUAUCAGCUCAAGGCAAAGUACGAUCGACAGUACACGUCCAUGAGCUUCGAGCAUAAUGCCAAAAUGGAAGAUAUCACCCAGAAGACACAAUCACACGAGGCACGCCUGUCAAAGCUUGAGACAAACAUUAUCCAUGCCAAAGAGAGCAUUGCCCGGUCGGGUGAGGAUUUCAGGGAAGCUGAGUCGGAGCGUGAGGAGGUUCGGUCAAAGGCAGCCAUUCUUCAACAGGAGAUCGAGAGCAUUCGGCGGCAGUUGGCGCGCUUGUAG